GUCAUGUCUGAAUAUUUCAGAGUUUUCUGGCAAAGUUUAGAGCUGAGGCAUGACUAAUACAUUUUAGAAGCUAAGCCAUCUCUCUUAUGGGAGCUAGAUGAAUGAGGAAGUUCCCUUUUUAAAAAAUCUGAGAAGAUGGGUGAUCAACACAGACAUUUCAAACUGGUGAUGAACAUUUUAUUAAGUGGCAUAUACCCAUAAAAGCUGUUGCUGUUGAUUCCUCCUUUUAGCUUCUCAAGUGGAAAUUCCUUCAGAUAAUUAUCUAGUGAGGCUUUCAUCUUGGAGAAGACAGAAAAGUGAGUUCACCAGGAUCAAUGGAAACAAAACAAUGUGCUUUCUCUGUUCUUGUAAAAGGAGGCACUAGGGCCCUGUGUGGAAUGGCUCUUCUAAUUUCCCCACUGUGGGUGCAUACACACUAAUUUCCUUUAGGUCUUGUGAUGAACUGAGUAAACCACAAACUUCAACAGGAACCCUCCACGCUGGUAGUUGUUUCCACUGUAGCAUGCAUUUGUCAUGUCCAUCUUCAUCAGUUCAGCUUCACCUGGUUUUGCAGUAUGGAUCAAAGAGAAAUUCUCAUGCAAAACCUGGAAAGGGCCAAAAGUAGACGGCUCAACAGAGAGGAAUUCGCAAAUGAAUUUUUGAAACUGAAAAGGCAAUCGGCAACCUACAGAGCAGACAAAAUCUACCCGACAGCUACAUCUGAGAGCCCAGAAAAUGUCAGCAAGAAUCGAUAUAAGGACAUCUUGCCAUAUGAUCACAGCAGAGUGAAGCUCUCCCUUAUCACAUCAGAUAAAGAUUCUCAUUAUAUCAAUGCCAGUUUCAUCAAGGGUGUGUACGAGCCAAAGACCUACAUAGCUACCCAAGGUCCUCUUUCCACAACUGUUGUGGACUUCUGGAGGAUGAUCUGGGAGUAUAAAGUCUUGAUUGUAGUAAUGGCCUGCAUGGAAUUUGAAAUGGGGAAAAAAAAAUGUGAGCGAUACUGGGUGGAUGCAGAUGAGUCCCCUCUCCAGUUAGGUUCCUUUACUCUUUUUUGUGAGGCUGAAGAAAAAAGAAGUGACUAUGUGAUUCGUAUUCUGAAAGCCAAACUGAAUGACAGUGUAAGUGCAGGACAGCCCAGCAAAUGGGAACAUACAGAAACCAGGACUGUCUAUCAUUUCCAUUAUAAACAUUGGCCAGAUCAUGAUGUGCCCUCCUCAAUUGAUCCAAUUCUUCAGCUCAUAGAGGAGAUGCAUUGCUACCAAGUACAGAGUGAUGCACCUAUCUGUGUGCACUGCAGUGCGGGCUGUGGACGAACUGGAGUCAUCUGUGCCAUUGACUAUACACGGACCUUGGUAAAAGAUGGGAUUCUCCCAAUAAAUUUCAGCAUUUUCAAUAUGAUUCAGGAAAUGCGUACUCAGCGGCCUUUAUUAGUGCAAACUCAGGAGCAAUAUAAGCUGGUCUAUGAUGCUGUGAUUGAGCUUUUUAAAAGGCACAUUGAAACACUUCCCAAUCAUUCUGAUGUGGUUGCUGUGGAGACUAAAACUAAUCAAACAACAACAACAACAACAACAAAACUCCAGACUCCACAUGGGGAAACUUCUUUCCUGAAACAGUUGAGCAGUUCGGUGCAAAGAGAAGAGGAGAAACCUCAGUGUUCUGGUCACAAUGUGUGGGGCUUAGAUAAACAUGGCCGAUCCAGAGAUGACUCUUGUUCAAUUAGACAGGCACUUUCUAUGAGAGCUUUGAACAUUUGCCCAAGCAGAAACACAACAGCAGAAUGGAACACUUGGUCAGCAAAACAGCCACUCCUUAAAUAUCACAGUGUGGACUUUGACAAUCUUGUUUGGACAGAAAUGCCUCUCCGUUUGAAACCUGGAGGCGAAACUGUCACAAGCUUAGAUACAAAGGUUUCUCUAACACGGACAAAAUCAACCCCUUUUGAGCUAGCAUCACAAAAAACAUCCCAAAUGUUGACAAGAAAGGGCCCCAAUUCCUGUCUGGGCCUUGACUCAAGUCAUUCAAAUAAACUGUCUAGCAAUGACCAACGUUGUAGGUUCAGGAAGUUACACAAGCAGCCCUGUACCUGGUCAUCAGAAGAUCCUUACUUUUCCUCUCUCUCAUCGGAUGAGCCGUGCUCUCCGGCACUCCCCAACUCUGCUGUGGGUCCAUCUGAAAUUGUUUCCUCAGUUUCCCAUGCUGUGGACUUCGCAGACCAGUCCUUGGAUGGCACAAAUCCAAGCCAUCAAUGGUCCAUGCCUCAGGGCCAGAAUAUUCAACUUGCCACUCCUCAGGCUCAGAAUCCUCAACUUUUGGACACAGUGGAAUCAACCUGCCAGAUAGGUUCUUCCCAGCUGGAUGAAGACAUUCCUCCUCCAUUGCCUGAAAGAACCCCUGAAUCCUUUAUUGUACCUGGAGAAGAUGAUAUCCCUUUGUUGGCAAUUUCAAAUCACCAAUCACCAUCCAAGAAAGAAAAAAGCAGAAUCUCUAAAGAAUGGAGCAGCUUGUCUCAGCUGAAAUUUCUUGAUGACUCUGUGAGACUAAGGCCAAGUAAGAAUGUGAAGCUACAGAGACCCAGAUCAGAGAUUCCUCAGAACCGAUCCUCAUCCCCUUCUCCUCCCCCACUUCCCGAGAGAAGCCCUGAGUCAUUUAUUCUUGCAGAUGAUGAAUCUCAGCCAUCUGUUAUGAACAAUGUCAUGGGGCUUGGAGACUCUGGAAUUAAGCUGACAGAGAAGACUUCAAAGGAAGCAAAAUUCAGGAGAAGUAAGAGCCUGAAAAUUUUCCGAAAUGUGAAAAAUACUAUUUGUGGUCCAUCUCCCCUAGUGAAAAUGCCAGAGGCUGAUCAGUCCAGUCACUCCAGAUCUGUUCUGAGUUUUGGCUUUGCAAACCGGUUUUCAAAACCCAAAGGACCAAGAAACCCUCCACCUAGUUGGAACAUUUAGAAGAACUUCACUAGAUAACAUUUGUCUCUAGUACUGCAGCCUGGCCUUGCUGUUUUAACUUUGGUUUGUCAAAUAUCACUUGUAACAGGACCAUCAUUUUGAACAAAUAGGCUUUUAUUUCCCAUCUCUAUGUAUGGUUGUGAAAGCUAGUCUGUGAAGAAAGCUGAUAGGAAACAACAACAACAACAAUAUAUCUGAGAUGUGGUGUUGGAGAAGAGUUCUGAAAACACCAUGGACUGGUAAAAAGACCAAUGGAUGGGUCCUAGAGCAAAUCAGGCCCAGACUUCCCUUACAAUCGAAGAUGACUCAACUGAAGUUGUAUUUUGGACAUAUCAUGAAAAGAAAGGAUUCACUAGAAAAGACUAUAAUGAGGGUGAAAGGAAAAGAAGAAGACCACAUUCCAGAUGGAUGAAAUCAAUCAGAGAAGCCAUGUCCAUGUAUUUCCAAGAGCUGAGCAGAGUAGUUGAAGAUCGGGUGACCUGAAGGUCUUUCAUUCAUAGUGCCACCGUAAGUCGAAGUCAACUUGAAGGCAGUUAACAACAAAAAUGAACGUGUGUUUCCUCUUUACAAACUAAAUACAAAUCAACUUCAUCUAUCCAAUGGACCUGGAGUAUAACCAAAGUAAAUGGGAACAGAAAGCUGUGCUAGUUCCUUGUUCAUUCCUUCCAGUGGGGAACCACUUCUAAUGAGGUUUCAGUAGGCUGCUGUGUAGAGGUGUGAACUAUGAAGAACAGCACUCUGUUUAAGCUGAACAUCCUUGUUAUUUAUUAUUCAUGUGUUUCUGAUAUGAAAAUGUGGAUUUUGAGACCUAGUCCUUAUGUUUCUUUGCUUUUGAAAUAUAUGAGAAAUAUGUAAAGGAAUCUUUCUUUCCAUACAUACACAAGGGACAUUUUUUGCAUGAAUGCAGUGGAUACCAGGCAGUGGCAUAUGGGCAUGUAAGCAUUUUUGCUUUCCUGGUACUCUGGAAUUUCCAAUGUGUAACUGAAGUGGGAGCACAGCAUCUAGGGGUACCUUGACCCUAAAGAUCAACAAAUAGGAAACACUUCCAACUGCUUUUUUUUUGGGGGGGGGGGGGUCAAAAACCAGAACUCAUUUUUCCUAUAAAUGGCAAUUGUGGUUUCUCAACUACCUAUACUUGGUACCAAGUUAUGUUUUGUUUUUAGUUAAUAAUUCUUGACCAUCACAUCUGAGCUCUGUUUUCCCAAUCAUUGAUUCUGGGAGUCCAUAAUAUGUACCAUUACUCUUAUAUCUAUAUUUUUCCAGUAAUAAGGAAAGACUGGAAACAGUUAAGUCUGAAUACAUUUGUAUGGUUUUUUGUUUCCUUUUUCACUUCUAAAUGUUGCAGUACUGCGCAAUAAGAUCUUGAAAAACCUUAUCACAUAGGCUAGAGCCAUGGGACCAAAAAGGCCAUAUACUUGUCACUGAAGUAAUGUUUUUUAAUGCUCAAAGGUUCAAAAUGUAUAAAGCACAUUAUGACAGACAUACCUGCAGGAGAAGGUGUUUACAUUGCAGAAACACUCUCAGAUGGGAGGAGCAAGGAGGUGAAUUAUACCCUAGAGUAGUAGUUCUCAAGCUUUCUAUUGCCGUGGCCCUUUAAUACAGUUCCUCAUGUUGUGGUGACCCCCAAUCAUAAAAUUAUCUUUGGUGCUACUUCAUAUGUAAAUAAAAAUGUGUUUUCCGAUGGUCUUAGGCGACCCCUGUGAAAAGGUUGUACGACCCCCAAAGAGGUCGUGACCCACAGGUUAAGAACUGCUGCUCUAGAGCAUUCCUACUCAAGUAGUGGUCUUUGGAUGGCUAUCAGUCCCUGGGCCAUUGGUUGCCAGUCUCCAGCCAAUUUCCAGGAAACAAACAAAAAAUUGUACCCAAUGGGCACAAAUUUAGUGUCAGUCUCUGAUUCACUGACAAGCAAUAAUUGCCUGCUACUCACUUCAGAUCGUCUGAGAUAGGUAUCUCAAAAUGGUGGUCUGUGGACUGGUGCCAAUCCCUGGAUGGUUUCCAGGAAAGAAAGAGACAACUACUGUAUAGCCAAUGGGCACAAAUACGGUGGAGUCCCUGACACAUUGGGGGGGGGGAGUUGCCAGUCCCCCACAUUAUUUACUUUAAGAAGCACUGCUCUAGAGGGGAAAGCAAAAAUGGGAUUAAAGCAGACAAAACUGACAGAUAGCCUUUACUUCUAGGGGGAAAACUUGAAAGGCUAAGUUUAAAUAAAUUCUAAACCAUUUAAUGAAAUGUCUAUGUGGGAGAUGCAAUAUAAUAAAGUUAAAUGUAUUAUUUAUUCAGUAUGCCACUUAAUGCUUCUGUAGACUGUAUUUCUACAAAAUUCAAGAGCUGAGCAUAUCUCAUAUUUAUCACAAAUGUGCCUAGCACCACUAUUGGCAUGGUACAAAAAAGGAAAAAAAGCUACUUAACAUUUAAUGACAUACUUACUGAGUUGCCAAUAGCUACAUUCCCAGUACUGUACUAAUAUUCCGAACUCUGAGAGAUAAGGAACUAGUUUCCACUUAAAAGUGAAA